UCCAGGAUGCUGGUCCCUGCCUCCUGGUACCUCCCUCCUCUCUGCCUGCUGCUGACUCUGCUGCUGGGCCUCACAGGAGGGGCAGGUGAGGAACUGCGAGUGAUUCAGCCUGACAAGUCAGUGUCAGUGGCAGCAGGAGAGACUGCCACUCUGAACUGCACCAUGACAUCCCUUUUCCCUGUGGGGUCUAUCAUGUGGUUCAGGGGGACAGGGCCAGGCCGGGAGUUAAUCUACAGUCACAAAGGAGGCCACUCCCUCCGAGUAACAAGUGCUGCAGACACCACGAGGAAAAACAACAUGGACUUUUCCAUCCGCAUCAGCAAUAUCACUCCAGCAGACACCGGCACCUACUACUGUGUGAAGUUCCGAAGAGGAGAGCCUAAAAACACGGAGCUCAAGUCUGGAGCAGGCACUCGGCUCACCGUGAGUGCCCAACCCUCUCCCCCCGUGGUGUCAGCCCCUGUGGGGAGGGCCACACCUGGACAGACAGUGAGCUUCACCUGCAAGUCCCACAGCUUCUCCCCCAGGAACAUCGUCCUGAAAUGGUUCAAAGACGGGAAUGAGCUCCCAGCCUCCCAGACCACUGUGGACCCAGAGGGAGACAGCCCUUCCUACAGCAUCUCCAGCACAGCCAGGGUGCGGCUGGCCCAGGGGGAUGUCCGCUCCCAGGUCAUCUGCCAGGUGGAACAUGUCACCCUGAAGGGGGGCCCUCCUCUUCGUGGGACUGCCAACCUGUCUGAGGCCAUCCGAGUUCCGCCCACUGUGGAGGUUGCCCACCACCUCAUGGCAGGGAGUGAGGUGAAUGCCUGCCAGGUCCAGAAUUUCUACCCCCGGCACCUAAAGCUGACCUGGUUGGAGAAUGGAAACAUGUCCCGAACAGAAACGACCAUGACUCUCAAAGAGAACCAGGAUGGGACCUUUAAUAAGACAAGCUGGCUCCUGAUGAAUUCAUCUGCUCACGAGGAGGCCGUGGAGCUCACCUGUCUGGUGCAGCAUGAUGGGCAGCCGGCCAUCAGCAGCAACCUCACCCUGGAGGCCUUGGCUCACCAGAAGGACAAAGGCCCAGGACUAUCUACUGACAUCCUCAUAGUGGUCCCCCUAGGCUUCAAGGUGCUGCUGGUGGCUGGUGUCUCUGCCCUCUAUGUCCAAAGGAAAUGGAGAGCCUGA